GGGGCUGUCAAAAAAUGAACUUCGUUCCUGUGCGGUCCCAGCAACUGAAACGGUUGCCUUGGACCACUGAGCGUUUAGUCCAUGAACGCUCCAUUGCGCUAUCCCAUGCACUUGCCAAAGGCACCAAGAAUUCCUACAACUCCGCACUCAAUUCAUAUCUUGAAUUCUGUUCAAUUCAUGAAUUUCCGGUUGAACCCACCCAGGAUACACUAUCCUUCUACAUCGUCUUCAUGUCUCAUCACAUCGAGCCACGUUCCGUUGACAAUUACCUCUCUGGUAUUUGCAGUUCUCUCGAAGAAUUCUUUCCUCAUAUCCGCCGCCUCCGGUCCUCCGCACUCGUCUCCAGAACCCUCAGAGGCUGCAAACGUCUCCGCAGUACUCCAAUCAGGCGGAAGCGAGCUCUCACACCUGCCGACUUGCAAUCCGUUGCACAGACCUUAGCAGGCAAUGACAACUACGACAAUCUUCUAUUUCUCGCUCAACUCUUCACCGGCUUUCAUGCGCUCAUGCGACUGGGAGAACUCGUUUGGCCAGACAAUGUGAAUUUGCGCGAAUUCCGCAAAUUGUCUUUGCGUCACUCUGUCACCAUCACUGAUGACUCCUGCUCUUUCCUCCUCCCUGCCAAUAAAUCCGACCCUUUCUUUGAGGGAAACUGCAUUCUCCUGCUUCAUAAUACCAAUGCAGUCAACGUCUACAACAUAUUCUUACGUUACCUUCGUGCGCGCGAUACCCUAUUUCCACAACGCCCAGAACUUUGGAUUCGUGCGAACGGCUCCGUUCCUGUGCGUUCCUGGUUCAUUCGCUUCCUUCGCAACUUCUUCCCGCGUGACAUCGCUGGCCACUCCAUGCGUUCCGGUGGUGCCACCUUUCUCGCCGAACAGGGAACACCACCUUCUCUCAUUCAAGCCGCAGGGCGAUGGACAUCUGAUGCAUGGCAAGCCUACAUCCGCAAGCACCCCCUCCUCCUCAAUGCUUUCCUUUUCGCCAAUCGGGUCCUUGCGCGACCGCCCAUUGCGUGAACCCCGGCAACGUGCUCUCCUUUUUAUUACCGCGAUCAGUAUCUCCAAAAUCUUUCAUACAUCUUCCAUCCUCCACACCAUUAGACCUUAGCGACUCCGUAUAAAAACUCGAGCAGCACUGGCGCGCGCUAGCCCGGUGCUGCUGCGUCCCACUACUAUUCUUGUGUCUCUCCACCUCCAAGAGAGUCGCGCAGGAGAUUAGAUGCUUGCAAAACAAAAUUCAAUGGAUCGACCUGAUUGUCACCUGUCUACGCAAGUAAAAUACAUGAUACCAGCACGAUUGAAGCGUA